AUGAGUACUGGCUGGAAUUUUAAUUUUGGCCGCAAAUAUGCUGAUAGGAGAAGAAAAGAAGAACUAAACUACAUAAACUUAUUCAAUCAAAAUGAGGUAAACAAUUUAAAUGAAAACCCUGAAGUAUUUAGAGAGGGCUUAAAUUGUGGACCUGCUGGACGAAAUGCAUUAUUAAGAUGGAUAGAAUAUAAUUACCAAUUAAAAAAUGACGAAGAAAAUAGUAAUCCUGCAGUUAGAGCAUGCAAAGUGUGGCGACAAACGCAAUCAUUUCAAGAUGUUGCAUUAUCUGGUUUGAUGGAUUUUCUCAAAUUUUUAAAUAUUCCUAAACACAUAACAUAUAAGCAUGUAUUUAAAAAUUAUUUAUCUCCAAAAUUCAUAAAUAAAGUUAAAUCAGUGGAAAAGUCUCAAAAAUGUUUAACAAAGUUAGCUAAAAAAAUGAUGUUAAUGUUUCAAGUACGCGAAAUACAGCCAUUAUUCUCUAUGGUAUUAGAUAAAAUAAAUGUUAUUCCUAUAGAGAUUUUAAAAGUAUUAGUAGAAGAUACACCCGCUGCUAAAUCCUUUUAUGAAAUUACUUCGAUUAAUGUUAAACGGAAAAUAUGGAUAUUAUGCCCAGAAUUAUUUUUUGAAGAAGUAGAACAUAUUAUAGAAGAAAUAAUAUUGCGAAUGAAGUUAAAAAAUAGUCACUACUAUAUAACUAAUUUGAUUAAUAACAUAAUAGAAUUAAUAGGUGAAGGGAAUGAACAAAUUUUUCUUUAUAAUCUAUUUUUACAUAUAAUACGAUUAAAAUGUUUACAAACAAUUUUAAAUGAAAAGGAGCAUAGUUCAUCGAAUUUUUUGGAUGAACACACCCCGUGUGCAGAAAAGGAAAUAAAAACGGAUGCGUCUUCAGAAAAUGCUAAUAAUAAGACGAAUAUGGAUAAGGAUAUAAGUAACGAAAUAAUACAAAGAGAAAAAGAUUCAAAUAUUACCCCGGAAAAUAUAAAAAGUAAUAGUGAAAUUGGUGAAUGCAUACAAGAGAAUAAUGAAUCUGGAACUAUUGAAACUCGGAAUAUACGUGAAUCACAAGAUGAUGUUAGUUCUUGUUCUUCUCAUCUUUCAGAACAUUUUGAAACGAAAUUAAAAAAAUUAGAAAUAAUUUUUGACAAAAUCAUGAAUAAUAAUAAAAAUGUGCAUGAUAGAAAAAAAACAAAAAACAAAUGUAAUAACAACACUAAAUUAUAUGUUAUAAAAAUGCAUGAAUAUAUUCAUAAUAGCGGGUCAUUUGAGUAUUUACAGAUGAGAGAAAAUGUGGAUGCAAGUGAAGAUAUUACAUUGGAUGUAAAUAAAAGUGAAAUAUUUUCAAACAGUGUUGAAAAUAAAGAAGUCUAUAGCAAUAUAAAUAGAAAUAGUAGCGACACUAUUUACACAAGUAGUUGUCAUUAUGACACAAAUACGAAAAAACGAAAUAUUUCGGAUAACAUCAUUGGUAAUACUACUACUACUAAUAAUAAUAAUAAUAAUAAUAAUAAUAAGGAAAAAAAAGAAGUUGAUGAAGAGGACAAAAAUAAAACUACCAAUAGAAAAUUUGAUAAAGAUUAUUAUAAAAAAAUAUUAAUACUACCUUUUGAUAAUAUGUUUUAUAGCAACCUUAGAUUAUUAUUUUGUUUGCAAUACAAAGAAAAAUAUAACCUUAAGGAUGAAGAAAUUACUAAGAUAGAUAAGUAUUAUCCCAUUGUUGAAUUUAUUAACAGUAUUAUAAAAGACGGAACAUUAUGUUUUUCUGAUGAAAUAAAAACACAAGAAAUAAUAAAAAAAACAAAAAAUUCAAUUAAAAUAAAAAACAUUGACGAUUUAUGUGAAUAUUCAUUGUUAUUUAAUAAUAUAUUAUUAAAAUAUUCCAUUAUAAAUGGUAUUUGUUUUAAUUUUUAUAACAACAAUUUCGAUCUACUGACACAAAAAAAUAAUGUGAAUUUUUGGGCAUCAAUUUUUUAUUUUGGAAUUUAUAAUAAUUUUUUUGUUUUAAUCAAAUAUGCUAUAGAUAUUAUAGAUUAUAAGCAUAGGAAAAAAAAAAAAAAAAUUAAAUUAUAUCAACAAAAUGAAGAAUUCCCUAUUUUUAAAACACACAAUAAUCAAAUUAUUGAAAGUUAUGAUAAUUUAAAUUAUACUCAUGAAAAUUUUCAUAUUGAUAAAAAAACAACCGAAAUAAUCAGUAGUAAUUUUACGAAUAAGCAAAAUGGAUAUGAAAAGUUAAAUUACGAAUAUGGACAAAAUGGUGAAGACGAUUAUAGAAUGGAAAUAGAUGAAGGAAAUACGUCAAUGUCAAAAAAAAGAAAAACAGGACAAAAUCAAUGGGAAAACGAGGUCUAUGCAGAAUUUACAAAUAUUUCCGAAGAAGAUAAAUGGAUAGAAGAGGAAUAUAAUGAGAAUAAAAAUGUUGAGAAUAAUGAAGAUGAAAAUAUAAAAAAUAAUAUGAACUAUCACAAUAAAUUGAAAAAGAAAAAGUCCGCUUCAUCAAUUGGGACAUAUGAUGAUAAUAGAUAUUUAGACAAAGAAAAACGAAGGGAAAAAAAACAAAAUUAUAAAAAUGUAAAUAUAGAAAACAAAAAGGAAGAAAAUCAAAUAAACUAUAUUCAUGAAUCAAAUGAAAAUUUUAAACCUAAAGAUAAUAAUGAUGAUAGUGAUGAUGAAAUUGGUAGUAGUUAUAAUAACAUUUUUCUAAUGGAAGAAAUAAAAAAUAAAACACAGAAAUUAUUUAUGAAUGAACAUAAAGAAAGUUAUUUAAAAAUUCCAUUAAAUAGCAUUUUAAAAUAUAUAAUAACAUCAGACAAUCGAAGUAAUGAUGAUUUUUUUUCGUUUUUUAAUUUUUUUUCUGAAGAUAUUGAUAAUAAAAAAAAAGGAAAAACUAUAAAGGACAAAAAUAGCAUAUUAUUAUUAUCAGCUUUAUUGAAUAUCCCCCAAAUAAACUAUUUAAAAAUUCAUAUUUUUUUCACAAUUAUUGAUGAAUUUUUUUAUGAAGAAAAAACAAAUACACGGAAUAUUCCGUCGGAAUAUUAUAAUACGAAAAGUACUAGUGAUUAUAAUGAAAAUAAUACAGAAUUAAAAAAAUCAGAAGAAAAUAAAAAAAAAAAUAUAUAUUUUAAAAAUGAAACUAGUAGUGUAACACCAAGCACAAAUAAAUUAGAGUCUAAUAAUAUAGAAAGACAAAACCCUGGAAAUAAUUCUCAAAGUUUUGGAACACUUACUGCAAAUAAUGCAUUGAGUAAUAGUACCAAUAGUAUGCCAUCUCCUAGCAUUAACAACAUAAAUAAAAAUUUGAAUAGUUCAGAUAAUAUAGAUAAAAACAAAACUGGAGAAUCAAUUCAAAAUGAAAAUGCUAAUAUGAAAUCGAAUUAUGAUAACACACCAAAUAAUGAUAAGGACAAAAAGCUAAGCCAUCAGAAAGAAGAUCAAAUUAGUAGUUCUGAAAAGAUAAACAGCGCUAAUGCUAGUAUUAUCCGAACGAAUAGUGGUAGUAAUUUGUAUGUCUCUCAGAAUAAAAAGGAUUUAUAUCAUAUUGGGGACAAACUCUUGAAAAAUAUAAAAGAUAUGAAUAACGAAAUAAGUAGGAGUUAUUUUUUUACAAAUAACAUCGAUUUGAAAUGUAUAAACGAUAUAUUAAACUGUAGCAAUAAUGACGAUCAAAAUGGUGACAAUUUAAUUACUUUUGAAAAUGAUGAAAAAAAAGGAGAAGAAAUAUAUAAAGGGACUUUUUAUUUUUGCGAAAUAUCAAAUAAAAUAAUCCAAAAAUCAGAUAAUUUUAAAGGAAGUAGUAAAAUAAAAAAAUAUUUACCCUAUGUUUUAAAAACAUCUUAUAUGUCUUUAAAUUUUUUAAAACAAGCUAAUAUAAUAAACAUAUAUAUAAAAUAUAUGUAUUUAUAUGAAUAUUUAUAUCACAUGAUAUUAAACAGAAUAUUACAUAUUAGUACUAUUAACUUAUUUCCAUUUUUACAAAAUGUUAUUUUAAAAGAUUUAUCUCAUUAUUAUGAAGAUUUCAAAAAAAGCAAAAUAAAAAACUUUUGGAAAUUUUACUUAUAUUCACACACAUUAAUUGAUAUGAAUAAAAAUAACAGUUAUUUAAUCAGCAAAUUAUUUCAUAAUAAUGCCAUUGAUUAUUUUAUAAAACUAUUUUAUUCCCUGUCUUUUUACAACUCGAUUUUUUCUGUCCUUUUUCUCAAAAUGAUGGAAACCCCAUUGUUUUACAAGAGCGUAGAACAUAAGAAAACUGAAGUUUUGCAAAACCUGUGGAUAGGAGCACAUGAAUUGAUUUUUUCAACCAGUGACAAGGGGAAAAGAGAUUCCAUUGAGUACAAGCUUUGGAUAAAUUCGUACAAUAAGCUUUACGAAAAGUUAUACUAA